CAGGCCAGCUCUCUGCUGUGGCCAGGGAGUGCAGUGGAGGAUGGCCCAGGUACUUGGGCCCUGCACCCCAUGGGAGACCAGGAUAAGUACCUGGCUCCUGCCAUCGGAUCAGCGCGGUGCUCUGGCUGUUGGAGGGUGAACCAAGGGCAAAGGAAGACCAAAGAAUUGAGUAUUUGUGUUUUGUCCACACUUAGAACCGAGUCUGAAGCAGGAGGAAGAGAUUUUGGUUCAUGGGGGUCAGAGGUGCUUUUGUUUUUGUUUCAUGUGAAGAAACUUGAAGAUGUGUUUAUUUGAAAGGCAGAGUUAGAGAGAUCGCCCAUCCUCUAGUUCAUUCUCCGCAUGGCCGCAGCGACUGGGGCUGAGCCAGGCCAAAGCCAGGAGCCUGGAACUCCAUCUGGGUCUCCCAUGUGGAUGGAGGGGCCCAAAGACCUGGGUCAUCUUCCGCUGCUUUCCCAGGUGCGUUAGGUAGGGAGCUGGAUCGGAAGCAGAACAGCCAGGCCUGAAACUGGUGCCCCUGUGGAAUGCGGACAUUGCAGGCGGUGGCGGCUUAACGCCCUGUGCCACCGCACCGCUCCCCCGGAGGCACUUCUGGUCCAUCCUGGCCAGUGUGUCUUGGGUUUAGUUAAUGGGGAUCAUGAUCACGUAUGUCUGGGCUAGAAGGUUCAGGGGGGACAGAUGACUCACCCGGGUCUCGGAGCUGAUCUGCAGGAGCAGUGAAGGUAGUGGAGACGAGCCCUGGGGCAGGAGGGAGGCCUGUGGGCCUGGAGGCAGGGCCGACUUGGUGGAGGAGGGAUUAUUAGGGAGCAUUUGCUGAGGCCCGGGAGCAGGUGACUGUACAAACAAGUUGAUCUCAGUGCCUCUCAAGUUGAUCUAAGCCGCUGGCGGAGGCCUCUGGCUCUCCAGGGAGCCCCCAGAUGCCUGAAGACUCUGGCAGUUGCCUGCCCAUGACGCCCCGGAUGGAGAGCCACUUGGAUGAAGAUCUUGCCGGGGCUGGCAGUGACCUGGGCUGGAAGAGUAGGGGUCCCCAGACCCAGAGCUCAGAGGGCUGCUCAGUGGAAGCCGUGCUGGGUCGGAAGAAGCACCGCCGGCGGCCCUCGAAGCGCAAGCGACACUGGCGGCCCUACCUGGAGCUGAGCUGGGCGGAGAAGCAACAGCGGGACGAGAAGCAGAGCCAGAGGGCCUCCAGGGUCCGCGAGGAAAUGUUUGCCAAAGGCCAGCCCGUGGCGCCCUACAACACCACGCAGUUCUUGAUGAACGACCGAGACCCGGAGGAGCCCAACCUGGAUGUGCCCCACGGGGUCUCCCACCCGGGCUCCGGCGGGGAGAGUGAGGGAGGGGACAGUGACGGGCGGGGCCGAGCACACGGCGAGUUCCAGCAGAGGGACUUCUCUGAGGCCUACGAGCGCUACCACACCGAGAGCUUGCAGGGCCGCAGCAAGCAGGAGCUGGUGCGAGACUACCUAGACCUGGAGAGGCGGCUGUCGCAGGCCGAGGAAGAGACCAGACGGCUGCAGCAGCUGCAGGGGAGCACGGGCCAGUGGCGCUGCCGCCACGUGGAGGAGCUGGCCGCCGAGGUGGAGCGGCUGCGCACCGAGAACCAGCGGCUUCGGCAGGAGAACCAGAUGUGGAUCCGCAGGGGCAGCCCCCGUGACGACGAGCUGGGCACCGAGGAGUGCCCCCCCAGGCAGAUGGACCCAAGGCCAGCUGGGUCUCAGGGAGGCAGGUGACAGAGGGCAGCAGCCCCGCACCCCUGAGAACAGCUGUAGGGGGGUCCGACUUCCACCCUGUCGUUUCCACAGUUGGUUCUUUGACGCCAUGUUCGUUUUUACAGAGAAAUAAAUGGUCUUGUUGAGACCCAA